CUGUAUGGGAUAGGAGGAGUAGGGGGUGAGGGGGGUGGAGGGAGACAGAAUGGCGUGAGGACCGAGGCCGGUGGUUGGUUUGAUCUGAGCCACGUGUGCGUCCAGCCACGUCGCUUCGCCGCUUCAUGGAUGUCGACGAAACGCUGGCAUCCCAUGCUGCCCGGUCCCUUCUGUUUUGGCCCAGAUGUCCUGAGAUGAGGUGAUGCAUAGGACCUUGAAGAAGAAAACAGGCAGCUGUGCUUCAGUCUGUCACUCAUCAACGGGUUCACAGCUCAACAGCUACUGUCAAAGUGUGUUUGAAAGAGGCAGUCGGAUGCUCAAACUGUGAUUGCUCUGGGUAGCUCCCGGGUAUGAAUUCCUUUAAGCGAAUGACUUUGAAGCACAGCAAUAGUUGAAUAUAGAAGUAUAAAAGAGUGAAAAAACACAGGAUCUACUGGAAAUGCCAUCGCUCCGCUGUAUUAUGUGCUUAAAACUGGGGUUCAGGCUGAGAAACAUGUUCUACCUCCACAACACUGUGCAGCCAUGAACUCUGCACAGCCGCCCUCUCUAUCCUCAGCCAUGAGUUUAAUGGUAAGCUGAUAGUAUGUGAUCAACUGCAUCGUGGCACCAACAUCUUGCUGCUCAACCUUCUCAAUAAAACCUAGCUGGAGCGUUCAGUCGGUGCUGUGAAAAUGGCAGCUGAGAGUUUUCAGCUCUGGACAGAGGACGACGAGCUCCAGCCAGCUGAUUUGCCAACGUCAUCGCUAGCAUCCCUCCAUCUCAGGGAUGAGGCUGUGGUCAUCAAUGAGAACACCAACCAUAUGGGGGAUAAUCCUGAGCCCCAUCCUGUCUUGCCCGAGAUGAUGUCAUCACUGCUUAACCAGUCACGACAGCAGGCAGACACAUCCAUGGAUAGUAGGCCUGAGCGUCCACCAGCAGAUCAAGAGUUCUUGGAGACCGAGAUGAGCCAAAACGACAGUGAGGCGCAGUCUCACACCUUGACAUCGUUCCUGCAGGACCUUUCAUCCUACACUGAUCACAAUGAUGUGUUUCCUGCUCUGAGAACCAACGUCACCAAGGAAGGAGAACUACAACCAGACAACAAUAUAACCAAAGCUAUGGCUGCAUGUGAGUCCAGCACUGAUGACCACCAGCUGUCCGAAGCAGAGUGGUACUGGGGUAACAUCUCGAGAGAGGAAGUAAAUGAGAUGAUGAGAAACACUCCUGAUGGCACAUUCCUGGUCCGAGAUGCUUCCAGUAGGGUUCAGGGGGAAUACACUCUGACACUCAGAAAAGAUGGCUACAACAGACUCAUAAAAAUCUUCCAUCAUGGGGGGAAAUACGGCUUUUCUGAGCCACUGGCUUUUCCCUCUGUGGUGGACCUGAUCCAGUAUUACCAGAAGAAGUCACUAGCCCAGUACAACUCUAAACUGGAUACACGGUUACUCUAUCCAAUAUCUAGAUACCAGCAGCAGCAGAUUGUGAUGGAAGUUGACAUUGAUACAGCUGGAGAACAACUGAGGAUAUUUCAGGAUCAAUACAAAGAGAAGAGCAAAGAGUACGACCGCCUGUUUGAGGAGUUAAACCAAACCUCCCAGGAGCUGCAGAGCAAGCGGACGGCCAUCGAAGCUUUCGGCGAAAUCAUUCGUAUCUUUGAGGAGGAGUGUGAAACACAAGAACGCUACAGCAAAGAAUACAUCGACAUGUUCCUCACAUUAGACAGCAAUACAGAAACUGACAAGAUUCAAAGCAACUCAGAUGAACUGCAGUCAAGGGUGGAAGAGAUCCACAACAGCAAAAAGAAGUUGGAGGAAGAGCUGAGGAACAAGGCGCUGGCUCACAUGGAGGUCGACAGGAAAAUUAACAGCCUGAAGCCCGACCUUGUGCAGCUCAGGAAGAUCCGAGAUCAAUACCUGCUCUGGCUCACUCAGCAAGGCACUCAGCAGAGCCAGAUCAAUGACUGGCUGGGUAUCAGGAAUGAAGAAGAAGACCCAUACACCCUAGCAGAUGAUACCCACCAGGAGGAGAGGAGCUGGUAUGUUGGAGGCAUGAGACGAAAGGAGGCAGAGGAGUUGCUGAGAGGGCGGCGUGAUGGGACCUUUUUAAUCAGAGACAGUCAGACUCAGAGUGGCUCUUUUGCCUGCUCUGUGGUUGUGGACGGGGAUGUGAAACACUGUGUGAUCUACAGGACGUCCACAGGAUAUGGCUUUGCUGAGCCCUACAACCUGUAUUCUUCGCUGAGAGAGCUCGUACUCCAUUAUCGACACACAUCCCUGAUCCAACACAACCAGCAGCUGAAUGUAACCCUGGCCUGGCCUGCUCUCAGUCAGCAGCCCAGCUGAGACACACCAGCAUACCACCCCGAUGGCGCUUUCCCAAAGCUUCACAGUAUUAGCACUGAGGACACACCCAAACGGACACUGUUUCCAGGCUCAAACAGAGCACCGGUUAGUGUUACCACCAUAUGAAAAUUUUCACCAACAGGCUCAGUGCUAAAAUUUGGUAGUUAAUAAUCCAGUACUGCUAUGAAGUGACAACAAACAACAGUCACAGUUCACAGAUUUUAAGCAGUUUAGUCACUUUACCAUUAGGUUGAUUACAACUCUGCCUUUUGUCACCUUUGUCCAUUACAUGCAAUGGUUGUAUAUUUUGCUCCUAGCACCAGCUUGUCCACUAGUUUCAGACACAGAGGGUUGUUUAAUGCUGUUGCCAUCGUAACAGCACUGACCAAUAUAAUCAGUAGUAUGUUACUCUGCUGUCAAAAGCCAAGCUCGAGCUCUGCUCUAAUCUUAUUUCUUUUAUUAAACCGAUUAUUCCUAUUGUUAAAAAAUCCCAUUAGCUUGCCAUCUGCAUAUAAAGCUUGCAAAACACAAUUUGGAUUAAGUACUUAUCUUUUACAGAAUCCAGCAGUGAAUUUAAUCUUCUGCAGCAGAAUAAGGUAGAACUGAAUUUUUGGCUCCACGACCACACGAGUAGUAUCGACAGGCUUCCAAAAAGUUGUUGCCAAAAUCUGAUGCCCUGGAAGAGUUUACAACAACGACAUCAGGGUUACACAGGAUGCCACUACCCACCUUUCAGAAUACUCUUCAGACUACAGAAUGCAAACCAUUCACAACAAUAACAAUCAGAGCACAUUGAUAGAAUUCAUAAAUAAUAAUAUGGCUACAUGUCUUUCGUGUAUGAUAAGAAGAGUAUAUUUUUCUGGUGGAGAAAUGUUGAUGUAGGUUAUCCACUGUAUCCAAUAGUCCAGUGCAUAUUUUUUAUCGUUAUUUUUCCUGAAAGGGAAGCACAAUAAAUUAUCAUUGAAGGCUUAAUAUUUUAAGCUUUGAGAAGUAUCAAGUCCUCUUCUCCAAUAUUUGGCCAUUCAUGGCUUAAGUUGCAUCUCAUCCACUUCUAAAAUAUUUUUUCCACUGACCUGUUACAAGCUACUUGCCCUCCAAGUCAAAUUCACCUUUUAAACUUUGAAAAAGUGAAUUUGUUGCAUUCCCCCAAAGUAUGUAUAUUCCAUAUAAUCAAAUCAAUAUAAUCGGUGCAGUAACAUUGUUUAAGGUGCUUCUGGGAAGCUGAGCUCAGGAUGGGACGCGACCCUGCACAUGUGCAUUAUGGGUAUUAUAGACACUGAGGAGACACACAAGCACUUUAUCCAAAACAAGACAACAUAAGUACACGGAGGCAUAGGGCUGGGCUCCCAUAGCUAGUUUCCAUUUUGAAUCCUGUUCCUGGUUGGUGAAAAGCCUUGUUUUAUUUGGCUGCGAUGCUAACGAACCUCUUAUUAAUACUUUAAUCCCUCUUUGUUAUUUUUUGAUAGCAAAGACAAGCAGUUUGUGAAAAAUCCUGUGAUGAAAUCAGUAAGUUUCAGCUAUUAUUUAGGUAUGUUACAACACAUUUCAUAUCAUCUGCUUGGUGGUUGUGAACAUUAGCAAGCUCAGUUACUGUUAUUGGUGAAUAACCGACUGGCUUUUCCAGAUUCUUGCUAAUUAACAGCAGAUCAAAGAUUGAAAAUGAAUUUUUGGUUACAACACAAGUUUCACCACCUGCAAAUUAUGAAAGCUGAACAAAACGAGCAUCAAUAACGGACUUGAAAGGAUUUGGACCUGAUAAAUCGAUACGAUACUGGAUUCAGAUGUGAUAAACUGCUAUUGCAUCCCAACCCUACCCAGACAGGAAGACCACAGCUAGAGAUUUGUGAGAAUGCACGUCAUCACUGAUCUCACAUGUUGAUAUUGCUGAUUGGAAAUAAGUUCAAAGUUUCUAUUUUGUUGACUACAAAUAGAAAUGUUGUUUUCUUACUGACAUCUGCAAACCUUUGGGUCUUUACAUUGGGGGUUUUCAGGAGUGAUAGCAGUCAAUGGCAAGUAAAGUCAUGCCAUUCUUCAUCCUGCACAUCAUGCUUCAUUGUACCAGGGCAAUACAAAUGAGACAAAACACGAAGCAUGCACAAAAUUACAGACAGUAUUUCUGUGUGUUGAUUAUAUGCAAAUCUUGGAACAUCUACCUAAAACAAGUUAUUCAAGUAAAUGCGAGUUAUCAAUCUGGUUCAGAUUCUAAAUUGAUUAGUUGAAUUUUUCGAUUUUGUUUGUGAGGAUUAGUGAAGGUGGAGUCAGUGAUCUGGGACCUUUGCUAAUUCUCUGGAGCUCGAUAUGGAGUGACAUUACAGGCUUACACUGUAGGUCCAUAGUUUUGUAGGAAAUUGCUGAAUAGUGCCUUUAAAUGCUUUGUUCCGGCCAUCAUGAGCUGAACAGGUUGUGUCUAGUUGAAUACAAGGUUACAACAGCGCAAGUACCCUGGAGUACCCACCAGAAGAGUAUUAUUAUAAAAGGUAAUCGCUUCCAUGCAACCGAUCACUUUUAAGAAUCACAUGUAGAAUAUGAUAUUGAAUUAUUUUAUUAAAAUUCAAAUGAGUGCUACAAAAGACCUUUUUUCCGCGGCAGUUGCCACACUGAAUUUACAUCACACUUGGCUUGAAAAGCUGCAUAUUUGCUUAUAUAUCCGUUUUUUUGAUAAAGAAAAAAAUACAAGAACAAAGGCUCAUAAUUUGAAUGGCCUUGAGCUACAUAAUAGUUCAAUAUUAGCCAUAUGUCUGACGUUUACAGUUAAAAGCUGUAAAACUAAAGGCUUAAAACCUGAGUCACAAUUUUACAUAUUCAAAUAGGGAUGUCACAAGGACUGACAAGGCGUUACUACGUUUAUGCCAAAACUCUGAAAAUAUAAUAUGUUUUGCAAUGCGGUUGGCACUAAAGAUACUAGACAAGGCUGGUACAGCAAUAGGACUGCUGAGACUUGUGGGAAAAUGCUGUAGAUAUGCUCCACACACGACCUUCACAGAGGCUAAAGUUAGCUUGUUUAGGCUAAUGUGGCUAAGUCACUACUAUUCAGUCUGUCAUUGAACCACUGUGCAUUUAUGUGUUAGAUGUGUGUGUGUGUAGUGGCUUUGUUAUUUUAUUUAAUUCUUAAAAAUAAUUUAGAAAGACAUUUUUUUCCAAAAAAAUUUGGGCAUCAAAUUUGGUAAGAAGAGUCACGAUGAUUCAGUGGGGUUAGUUCUGACUUCCAAAUGUGUGGUACUGUGACAUCCCUAUUGCCGACCUGUUACUACUUCAAAACACGAGGACUUAUGAUCGACCAAACAGCAGUAAAAUCAUUAUCGUUACUACUUUAAUUUUGCAGGCAUGUUAGUUAGCUAUGAUUACAGCUAUGGUGGACCAAAUAGAACAUAUAACCAUAAAAUGUGACAAGAUUAUAGAUAUUGGAAAAUUCUAUAUUUUUGAAAAUGUUGGUAAACAUCAGCACAAGACAAGGUUUUUUCUUUUCUUUUUUUUACUCCUUAAGUGUGAGGUAUAUUCAAAUGGUGAUGGAACCUUUGCGUCUUUUACAAAAACGAAAACUGUUUACAUUUCAGACCUAUCCAGGGCCGGAGGGAUCUGGAUAGGUAGCAGGUUUGCGACCCAGGGACUGCUUUGAUUGUGCAAUUUCUGAGUGGAGAUGAAGUGGUGCUUGUGGAUUACAGUGAAUUAUUCUAUUAAUCUAUUUUUAUAGGGGAAAUACAGUAGACAUUAAAUCUAGCAUUGUCAGUUUGGGUUGCCCAGUAAUUAAGAUAUAUUUAUUUAAGACAAAUAAGAGUAGUUUAUUUUACAUUUUGAGACUAAUUUGACUACUAUUCCUGUAUCUACUUUUUCCUGUUUAAUGACUCACUUUAAAUGCUCUCUCUUAAAGAUCAAACACACGCUGUACUGUCGUUGCAUACGUACACUUGAAGUUGUCAGUUUUGUCGGACUGUUUAUUACCGUGAAAGAAGUUGGACAAAUUGUGCAAGAUUCCUGCUUUGUGGCAGUAAAAAGUUGUAAAUGUUUGAUUUUUUGCAUGCCAUCACUGUGUAACAGAUUACCUUGGUAUAAUGCGUACAACUGGCUAGAAUAUGGACAUUACGGCUGGGUACUGUUUUGAUACCAGUUCUGGUACUUUAAUUACACCACCAGCUACAAAAGAUAUGUUGUGCUACCUUUCUUUAAUGGGUUAGCCGUAUUCUGUGAUUCUCAGUUACUAAUAUUAUUUGUUUUUUGCUUUACCUCUAUUAUUGGUGCUAGGCACUCAUUGCUGUAGUUUUUCCUCAAUGCACCUCUCUGAGAACACUUGUCAUACAUACAGUAUGAGUCAUACUUCUUUAUCAAAGUAAAUGCAAAAGCUUUCAUAAUGGUUGUGGUCUGUUGUGCUUGUAACCACAUCAGUCUGCAAUGUAGUGUUGCACGGUAGUAAGUUCUGCAUACGUUGUGGACCGUGUGCCACAGCCUCCACAUGGUAGUAGGACUUCUAACCUAUGUGAAACCAAAAUGUAGGUGUUUGUCCCUUGUCAUCCAGGUCAUGUCUUUUUUUUGUACUUUUUGCACACUUAAUAGAUUGAGUGCAAAAUUAAGUUUAUGACUUAACAUAUACAUUUAUAUAAUGUUGUGAAUUUAAAAAAUGAAAUGCUACCUAUCUCAGUAAAUUUUGUAGCAGGUAUACAAAAAGGUAUACAUGUUAUAGGUGCACAAAACAGACAAGACCACUGCUCUGUGGGGUGUAGAUUUAAAGCAUAGCAUUUGCACACUAUCUCCUGUGAGGUGGCGAUACUAUGACUGUGUCUUCAUGUACAUUCACUCUGUUACUAAGGCAGGUGGACAUGUAGUCGAUGUAAAUAUGGACAAGUUGCUCAUGAGAUUGAUGUGUUGUAGCACUUACAAAAACAGAACACAUGUUUUGUGUGUGGCAUCUUUAAUGAGGUGAUCACGUGAUAUUUAGUUCUGUGAAGUCAGACAUCUUUGUAAUUACGUGUGCACAACCUGGUCUCAUUCUGUUGUCAGUGUCUCUUUUUGCAACUUUAUCACUGUGCAAACACAAACAAAAUAGAGAUACCACCAACAAAUUCAUAGGACAAUAACUGGCAUCACAUAUAAACUGUGUGUCAUGUUGUACAAUCUUGGUACCUGAUUCUUUGUCCAACUAAUUUCAGCGUAAUGUUUUACAACCAUUACCAUGAUGCUAUUUGCUGUUGUAUGUUUAAAAAAUUACACACAGCUAAAGACAAUAUAACGUUGAAAGAAAAACAGAAGAACACAAACAGAUUGUUGUAAAAGCUUUGCUAAUACAAUAUUUACUAAUAAACAGGAACCCAGCUACCAGCCAUGUCGCUCCCCUGCUGACUUUUCAACACCACAAACGCCGUGUUUAUGACUAAAUGAAGGAACAACUGAGAUUUUGACUUUGAGACUUCUGUCUUUAAAUUUGCUUGUUGACAUGCUCUCCUCCAACUAAGGAGGUUUAAAACAAAUAUGAUUUGUUCUUCCUGAGCAAUUCUCAAAGGUGUGUUGAAAUUUUACGCUAGACGGCAUGCAUUUGUGACAUGGAAGAUUAAACAGGUGUGUGGUGGAGUAACAACAGCUGGAAAUCUGAAGAAAUACGACUCAUUGGAUGCUAUUAGAGAAAGACGUUUGUAGAUAUAUUUAGUGAUGUUCACUAGAUGUACUGAAAGACUUGGUAUUGCAGGAAUGACUAAAUGAGAGCUUGUCUGUUUGUAGCGUAAUGAUGUGGGGAUGGUUUUAGUGGCAACGAUGCCACGUUUAACUCCCAUAAUGAGAAUGUGCAAAUAUUUAAUCAAGAAACUGCUUGCACUGAAUGCCCGAAGACAUUUGCACUUUUGCCUAUUUUACAGGCUUUUGGAGAAUUAAAAGGACCAACCUUCAGUGUGGCAAAUAGGUUGUAAACAGUCACGUUUAGGUAUGAAGGCAAACAUUGUUAAGUUAUGCAGAUGUUUUCAGAUGCUAUCUGUUGGAUUCACCGAACUGUUUCAGUGGCGGCAUUCUGUCACUCAAUCAUAGGUUUACGCUAAAGUUCCUCGUGGCUCCAUUCAGACACACACUGAGAGAGAGCCACAGCAUGCACACAGUACUUGCUACACACACAAGACUGGAAAACGAUGUAUAGUGCAUGAGAUGCUGCCAUGAGAAAUCUUGUGCAUGCUCAUCUGUUAAUGCAUUUCAGACUUGUGUUGAAUAUUUAAAAAAAAUCUGUAUUAAUAGGUGUGACCUUGCACAAUUCUCACCCCGACUUUAACAGGAAAGUGACCAGGGAGCUUAUUCAGACAUGAUGAUCAGUUAAUGGAAAGCAGAGCAUGUCCAGAAGGGGCUGAUGUGGAGGUUAGGAGCUGUAAGUAGUUUUGGUGUGGUAUGAGUUUAGGUAUCAUGUUGGCGAUUAGUAAGUAUAGGAAGGGUGUCUGUAAUGAGUUUGAUGUAGGUAGGAGCUGAGAAGAGGAGGGAGGUUGGUCCGUAGACAUUUAUAAAGUUUUCCGGUGCCAUAAAUGGCUGCACCAUCGCUCUCAACUAUCUUCCACGCCACAACAUGAUGGGAUCUAGCAGUAAAGCUUUUCAAACUAUUUUAGUACAUGCACUUAUAUUUCUUUUCAUCCCGGGUAAAAUGAGACGAUCAUUAUCAACUUUUUUAAACAUCUGAAAUCCAGGGAAUUUGAGCUGUGCAUCUGAUCGAAUACCUCUAAUUGUCUCUGCAUCGUGUUAACAUCGUAUCUGUUCAAAUUUUUCUGUAACUGAUUUUAAUUUUUUCCAUUGUGGCUGUAUGGAUCUGUCGUUUUCAUUUGAUCUAAAGGAUUUAGCUGCCCUUAGUUAAUAGCCUAUUGCUGUGAGAAAAUACUGUUACUGUAAAUGUUUAUUUACUGUAUUGAUUAUGCUAUAACAUUCAGCUUGUUGUCCUCAAUCAGAAUUAGCUCGUAUUUCCUUUUAGGAGUCAUAUUUGGAGAAAACUGGAUUCAGACAUUUUUGUUGGUGUUAAACCUGACUUUACCUACUUCAGAACAGUACUGUUCAUGUAUGCACUUUCAGAUCCUAAAUAAAUUUGAGAUUAUAGUUUAA